AUGCGACUUAUAGUAAAAAGUCAAGUCUUUUAUUGGUUGGUUAUAACAUUAGUCUUUCUCAAUACUGCAUGUGUUGCUUCAGAGCAUUACGGUCAACCGGAAUGGUUCACCGAAUUUCUAAAAUAUGCGGAAUAUGUAUUUUCGGGGAUAUUUAUAUGCGAAAUGCUAAUUAAAUUGUUUGCAAUGGGUCAUCGUGUUUAUUUCGCAUCAAAAUUUAAUCGUUUCGAUUGCAUUGUCAUUGUUGGUAGUGCUUUUGAAAUAAUUUGGGCAGAAUUAAAAGGUGGCUCAUUUGGUAUUUCUGUACUUCGAGCCUUACGACUAUUGCGCAUCUUCAAGCUCACUUCGUACUGGGUAUCCUUACGUAACCUUGUACGUUCACUUAUGAAUUCAAUGCGUUCUAUUCUCUCAUUAUUAUUCCUCCUUUUCUUAUUUAUCCUUAUUUUUGCCUUAUUGGGUAUGCAACUGUUUGGCGGAAAAUUUAGCUUUCCAUCCGGACAUCCGUAUACUCACUUUGAUACAUUUCCGGUGGCCUUAAUUACAGUCUUCCAGAUAUUAACAGGAGAGGAUUGGAAUGAAGUGAUGUAUUUAGCAAUUGAAUCACAGGGUGGUAUAUAUGGUGGCGGUAUGGUGUAUUGCAUAUAUUUCAUUGUACUCGUACUUUUUGGCAACUAUACUUUGUUGAAUGUAUUCUUGGCUAUUGCUGUGGACAAUUUAGCAAAUGCGCAAGAAUUGACAGCAGCUGAGGAAGCGGAUGAACGAGCUAACGAAUUGCCGGAUGAUUCGGAAAGUCUUGAUGAACAGGAUAGUGAGCAGUGUGCCAUCGAUAUGGAAGGUAAAACGGAUGGUAAUAUAUCGGAAAUGCAACAUGAAAUAGACGAGGAAUAUGAGGAAGAAGAGAGCCCAUUUGGUGGUCCACGACCUAUGGUGCCAUUCUCAUCAAUGUUUAUCUUUGCACCAACAAAUCCAUUUCGUGUAUUGGUACAUUCGGUGGUAUCAACGAAAUAUUUCGAAAUGUUAGUAAUGGGCGUAAUAUGUUUCUCCAGUAUAGCGCUUUCAGCAGAAGACCCGGUAGAUGAGGAUGCUCCGCGGAAUAAAGUGCUUCAAUAUAUGGAUUAUUGCUUCACGGGUGUUUUUGCUUUGGAAAUGUGCCUUAAACUGAUAGAUCAAGGAGUAUUACUGCAUCCGGGCUCAUAUUGUCGUGAUUUUUGGAAUUUAUUAGAUGGUAUCGUCGUCUUCUGUGCCCUUGUCGCUUUUUCAUUUGCUGGAGCUGAAGGUUCAGCCGGUAAAAAUUUAAAUACGAUCAAAUCAUUGAGAGUAUUACGUGUAUUAAGGCCACUUAAAACAAUCAAGCGAAUACCAAAACUAAAGGCAGUAUUCGAUUGUGUGGUAAAUUCGUUAAAAAAUGUUUUCAAUAUUCUUAUUGUUUAUAUGUUAUUUCAAUUUAUUUUUGGUGUAAUAGCAGUACAACUUUUCAAAGGGAAAUUUUUCUAUUGUACCGAUAAAACGAAACGUUUUGCAAAUGAAUGUCAUGGACAAUAUUUUGUCUUCGAAAGUCCGGAUGAUUUGCCACAUGUUGAAACACGUGAAUGGCGUUUACGUCCGUUUAAUUAUGAUAAUACAGUAAAUGCAAUGUUGACAUUAUUUGUUGUGACAACAGGUGAAGGUUGGCCAAGUAUUCGACAAAAUUCAAUGGAUACUACUGAAGAAGAUGAAGGACCGUUGCCGUUUUAUCGGGUUGAGAUGGCGUUAUUUUAUGUUAUGUUCUUCAUCGUAUUUCCAUUUUUCUUCGUAAAUAUCUUCGUUGCAUUGAUCAUUAUCACAUUUCAAGAACAAGGUGAAGCUGAACUUUCAGAAGGUGAUCUAGAUAAGAAUCAAAAGCAAUGUAUUGAUUUUGCGCUAAAUGCUCGUCCACGUUCAUUAUUUAUGCCAGAAGAUAAAAAUUCGAUGAAAUAUCGUAUUUGGCGGCUUGUUACUUCUGCGCCAUUUGAAUAUUUCAUUAUGGCAAUGAUUUGUUGUAAUACAAUCAUUCUAAUGAUGAAGUUUCAUGGAAAUUCUGAAUUUUAUGAAAAAAUCCUUCGUCUUUUUAAUACGGCAUUAACGGCGGUAUUUACGGUGGAAUCAGUUUUGAAAAUAUUAGCAUUUGGUGUUCGAAAUUAUUUUCGUGAUGGAUGGAAUCGUUUCGAUUUUAUCACCGUUGUUGGUUCAAUCACUGAUGCAUUGGUCACCGAAUUUGGUGGCCAUUUUGUGUCACUCGGAUUUUUACGUCUUUUUCGUGCUGCUCGUCUAAUUAGACUUUUGCAACAGGGAUAUACUAUAAGAAUAUUAUUAUGGACAUUUGUUCAAUCUUUUAAAGCUUUACCAUAUGUUUGCUUGCUAAUUGGAAUGCUCUUUUUCAUUUAUGCUAUUGUUGGAAUGCAGGUAUUCGGUAAUAUUUGGUUGGAUGCAACUACCGAAUAUAAUAGACAUAAUAAUUUCCAAUCAUUCUUUAAUUCUAUUAUACUUCUUUUUCGGUGUUCAACAGGUGAAGCAUGGCAGGAUAUAAUGAUGGCAUGUACAGCAGGGAAGUAUUGCGCGAAACCGAAUUCAUUUGAAAUUAAUUUAGCUAAAGGACCAACUUGUGGUACUCAAAUGUCUUACGUAUAUUUCACAACAUUUGUCUUUCUAUCUUCAUUUUUGAUGUUAAAUUUAUUCGUUGCUGUAAUAAUGGAUAAUUUUGAUUAUUUAACUCGUGAUAGCUCAAUUCUUGGACCUCAUCAUUUGGAUGAAUUUGUUCGAGUUUGGGCUGAUUAUGAUCCAGCUGCUACCGGACGAAUUCAUUAUACGGAUAUGUACGAGAUGUUACGUAAUAUUACACCACCGGUUGGAUUUGGUCGUAAAUGUCCGUAUCGUUUAGCUUACAAACAUUUGAUACGAAUGAAUAUGCCAGUAGCAGAUGAUGGUACUGUACAUUUUACAACAACAUUAUUUGCUUUGAUACGAGAAUCUCUAAGCAUUAAAAUGAGGCCCGUCGAAGAAAUGGAUGAAGCAGAUGAGGAAUUACGUCAAACUCUGCGGAAAAUAUGGCCGUUGAAAGCAAAAAAAAAUAUGAUAGAUCUGGUAGUACCACCAAAUAAAGAAUUAUGCUGUCAAAAAUUAACCGUUGGAAAACUCUACACAGGCUUAUUAAUUCUUGAAAAUUAUCGAGCCAAGAAAUCAGGAGUUGAGUUGGCCAAACGUAAACGGCAAAGAGCCACACUUCUGCUUAUGUCUCAUCAUCAUACAUUAUUUUUAACGGAUGACGAAAAAGAGGUUUCAUAUUGA